AUGGCGGAUUUCCUUAACAAGAUUUCCUUUCCUUACUAUGCAAAAGUGAAAGAAAUGGGUGGUGGCGAUGAGCAUGGGUACUUGGGGGGUGAUGACGUCAGUGGGUGGGUAGCGGGCUACAUCUCAGAACGCACGAUUGAAAAACUGCACCGUAGAGGGUUUCAACCAGACGGGAUACCAGAUGAGCAGUUGGGAAUGGGUGCCAGAGCGUGGAAUUCGCACCAAGGCGCAAGGCAGGGGCUGCACAGACAUCUGAUGGGAGUGGAUUGGUCGUUUGGCGUUUCUGUUGAUAUGGGACCCGGGGUGAGGUGGUGA